AUGCUCCGUGCGAUUCCUCCGUUCCUCCGGCACAGUACCACUUGCCCGUCUUUCUGGAGAUCCUUCGCAUCUCGGCGAGCAGACUUGUCAAGCGACGACGAGUUGGCCGCAGCGAGGGAAUGGCUUACCAAGUUCAACUCCACCGCAAUACCCCGUCACGUUGGCGAAAUUUCCUUUAGCCGUUCUGGAGGCCCCGGAGGCCAGAACGUGAACAAGGUCAAUUCGAAAGCGACAUUGAAAGUACCCCUUGAUACUUUGUUGCCUCUCGUCCCCCGAAUUUUACAUUCCCCGCUUCAAACAUCACGGUAUUAUGCAGCUCGGACACACAGUUUGGUCAUACAGUCGGAAGAGUUCCGGAAGCAGGCCGCUAACGUGGACGCAUGCUUUGAGAAACUCCACCAGCUGCUCAGGGUGACCGCGAAAGACCUGAUCCCUGGUGAGACCUCUGUGGAGCAGAGAGAACGCGUGCAUAAACUGAAAAAAGCAGCAAAUGAGGCUAGAAUCAAAGCUAAAAAGUUGCACAGCAGCAAGAAGAGUAGUCGACGAAGUGGGAGAGACGACUAA